UCUCACCAGCUUCCAGACUCACCGCAAUGGAGCAUACCUUGCGCUGCAACGUGUUGAAGUGCCGCAAGGAGCUCAAUGACCACGCAGUCGUCACAACCUGCAGCCAUGUCUUCUGCAUCGACUGCUCCAAUCGCUGCCAACUCUCUGGCCAACGCGAAGGCGGACGGCCAAGCUGCCCUGCUUGCCAUGUUUCCCUCACGAAUCCCGAUGAUGUGGUUGUCACGAGCCUGAACCCAACCGAAGACUACAAGACCAGCGUUCUCAGCGGCUUGCAUCCGAAUAUCAUUAUGGAGUGUGCUGGAAGGGCGCUGAGCUUUUGGGCAUAUCAGUCCACGCAGGAGAUCACCUACCACGAAUACUUGGCGAAGAACUUGACGGACAAAUACGCAUCUUUGAAUACACAGAUGGACAAGAUCAUCCAUGAUGCGAAUGGCGAGAUCUCUAAUCUUCGCAACAAGAUGUCGAACAUGCAGGUUGAUCAAGAUGGUCUUCGGAGAAAGAACGAAGAGCUGAUCCAGACACUACGAGAGAAGAGCCGCAAGCAACUUCGGACCCAAGAACUCUACGAUAAGUUGAAACGUCGAGCAAUGAUAGGCGAGGUUCAGAACGCAGCUUUGGAUGCUGUUGACCAGAAUAUACAAGCGUCAGUUACAGUCAACCGAUUUGUUGACAGAGUAGACAACCAGAAUCAAAAUCUCCGACCUCCACCACCUCCUCUCUUCUCAAAUCAGCAGACAAGUGGAAUGCAGCGUCUUGGCCUUGUUACUGAUAAUGGACCGAUUGGAGGAGCACAGGUUGGCAGGGGCGGACACGGAGAGGACACUUGGGCCGGGUUCAGUAGCCAGGGAAGUGCUCAGCAAAAUCACCCUAUCCAAACUCCUUCCACUCACCGCCAGCGCUUAGCUUCCGGAAAUGUUCCUGUUCCACGGAUUGGACUGGCCAAUCUUCCAGGAAACAGUGUCCCUGCAGCACCGAUGCCACAACACAGAGUUUCUCCACGGCAGCCACUGGCCAACCCCAAUGGAAACAGUCCCGGGCCAGGCUUCGCGGGUUACGGAAUGAGUGCUGGUUUGAAAGUCAGCAAUCCAGCUGGAUCUGGUGCCAACGGAUUUUCCAGGCCUGUGGUUCGAUCUAGAGUUGCGCACCGCCCAGGCUCUGGAUUUACAGCAAAUAGUAACUCCGCUUUUGACACUUCCCUAGCACCGAACAUGUUCUCAAAUGGGGGUAACUAUUACUGAUUUACAGGAUGGAAAUCAUCGAUAUUGCUAUACCCUUUGCUUUACCUAGACUAAUUUUUGCUUGCUAAGGAUUGCUUGUUUUGAAAGCACUCGUACCCGUGGGAUGUCUUUGGGCGAUGUCACCUAAUUUUGCUCUUUCACUGAAUAGAAGGUUUACGCGGCGCGGCUGUCUACAACAAAGAGCUAUGAGCAAUGGAAAUUGUGAGUACAGCAACUUUUAC